UCCGUUUCCGUUUCGACAUGGCGGCUCUCUGUGCAAAGCGCUCAUUAGAUUUAUCCACAAAAUCUGGACAUUUAGGAUCAAAUAUGGCUUGGAUUAUCUUACAAAUGCUUUAAUUUAUUUACGAAUUGAUUUUGUUGCUUUAAUUCUUAGGCCAACAUGUUCACGCGCUGUCUGUUUACAUUUUUAGGAUGUUUUAUUCAAAGUGCGUACAGUAUUAGCUAACGUUAGCACAACAAGGCUGCAGUUUCACGCAUAUUUGCAGUGAUUCACGGUCAUCCCACGUCAUCAGCAAAAGAUCUCCAUCAUGAAUCUGACUCGUCUUCUGUGUCGCCACAAGACGGCGCUCUUCCUCGGCUCCGUUUGCAUUUUCACUAUCGUUUUACUCUUUUUGGCCAAAUGCACAUCAGAAACUCUCAAACAGUCUCACUCUGACACCCCAGGACUGGCCCCGCACGCCGGCUCUCCCCUCCUCCACCAGCAGGAGGCGCUGAAACUCCCCCCCUCCUCAGACUCCAAGAAAGACCUCUCCGCUUUCCUCGUUGUGCUCAUCACCACUGGACCAAAAUACACAGAGAGACGCAGUAUUAUCCGAAGUACGUGGCUUGUAAAACGCGAUGCCGAUGUUUUGUCUAUGUUUGUCGUUGGAAUUAACGGCUUGUCCAGCGAAGACAUGAUGAACCUGAACACGGAACAAGCCCGACACAAAGACCUGCUCCUGUUACCUGAUUUAAAAGACUCAUAUGAGAAUCUAACUUUGAAACUGGUACACAUGUACUCGUGGUUGGACCAAAACGUGGAUUUCAAGUUCGUUUUGAAAGCUGAUGACGACACAUUUGCUCGUUUAGACUUGAUUAAAGACGAGCUCAAAUCCAAAGACCCAAAUCGUUUAUACUGGGGAUUCUUUUCAGGCAGAGGUCGUGUGAAAUCAGCCGGAAAAUGGCGAGAAAGUACGUGGGAUCUUUGCGAUUACUACCUUCCUUAUGCCUUAGGAGGAGGCUAUAUCCUUUCAUCCGAUCUGGUCCAUUACAUUCGUUUGAAUUCUGGAUUUUUCAAAACUUGGCAGAGCGAGGAUGUGUCUCUGGGAGCUUGGUUGGCUCCAGUCGACGUGAAGCGAACUCAUGACCCGCGGUUCGAUACCGAGUACAAGUCUCGCGGGUGCAAUAAUAAAUAUUUGGUCACACAUAAACAGAGUUUGGAGGACAUGUUGGAGAAACAUCAAACGUUAGAACGUGAUGGGCGGCUUUGUAAAGAGGAGGUGAAGUUACGUUUGUCCUACGUUUACGACUGGAGCGUGCCCCCAUCUCAGUGCUGUCAAAGGAAGGAUGGAAUUCCCUAGGACUUUUCACGAUAUUUACAGCACAAAAGGCUUUAUAUUUACAAUGAUGACCCAGAAUCUUGAUUUGAGGAGUUUUGACUAGCGUAAAGUGCAUAUGACAGGUUAAACUACUUUUACAGUAAAACACAAUUAGCAUCUUUGUGAGAGAGGUUAAGAUUUUGCCAUAGACUGUAUAUAUAAAUGGACAUAGCUAACCUGCAUGUUCCAAACUGGCACCAAUUCAUUUUCUGUGUAAAAACUGUGUCCCCUCUCUCUGUAACUGCUGCUGUCAGACUCGUCAUUUUGGUCUUAAAUGUUCGUAUUAACCCGCUCUACAUGAUCCUGGGGUUUUUAUUUCACUAUUGUGUCUGUAAAUCAAGAUAUGAACAUUAGCAAAAACCUGAAAACCUGUCGUCUGCACCUUAAGGAGCUACAAGUUUAAUCCCAAACAAAUCAAAAAUGCAAUUUUGAAUGGAAGCAAUUAGAAAGUCUGCAAAUUCAUGAAGUGCUGUCAUUUCCUCCUCAAACGACAAAAUCUCUUGUUUCAUUCUGCAGAAAGCGCCCUACUUAAAGCUACACUAUGUAACUUUUCCCAUGGAGGAUACGUCACUUCUUUUAUCCAUGGAGAUCCUAUUAGUUUACCUGGAUUGUUCCACAGUGUGUCAUUAAACUAAUGCGUCUAGUAUGUAUUUAGUCGCUCAAAAUUCCAUGACGAACCUGUAGCUUGCCCUGAUGGUGUUGCCUGCUUGUCUCCAUGGAGAUCAAUUACCAGGAAAGUUACAUAAUGCACCUUUAAAUCAGGACUAGACUAUAAAAAAAAUACUUGAAAUGAGAAAAACUAAUCUUUGGUCAUUUUGGAUUUUGUAUUGAAUUAAAAUCUGAAAUAAUCUGAACUCGUCAAAACUACUGAAAUCAAGUCUUUAGCCGUUUGUAUUUUUCCUUUUUGUGGCUUUAGUUUCACAAUAAUACAACUUCUGAAAUGUCUUGAAACUUGUAAUUUUAAAAAUGCCCAAACCUUAAAGAGGGGGUGUUCAGCUUUCCCCCAUAACACUGUUAUUUUAACUCUGUUCCUCAUCAAAACAUGUCUGAAGAGGUCCAUGUAUGUUUGAGUAAUCUAGUGAUCUCUCCUGGGCCCUGUUCAAACCCUCCUUAUGGUUAACAGUAAGAGUCUGUACGAGGCUCCGCCCACAAGUCUACAUCACCCAAGUUCUCACACAACCAUUCUCCAUAAAUAUACAACAACAUGAUACAAAAAUGUACACCGCAACUUGACAAACCUGAUGUGAUGUGCAGUAGUUUCAUUAGUGGGAUGCAGCUAAUUCUGUUGUGAUAGUGCUCUGAAGGGGGAGGGGCAAAGGGGAGGCUCGGAGCCUCAAAUUUUCAAAACAAUGAAAUGUAACAUGGUUGUUUUAAUACCCCCUCUUUAAGCUGUCUAAUGCCUUUCCUCUGUCUUCUUCUGCUGUCCUUAAUAUUUUGAAGAUACUUUUUGAGGUACUUUUGUGUCGUAUCCCAAAUACACAAAUGGGAGACUCCUGCCUAAUUUGCAUUUUUGUAAAGUAAUGUUUUCUUUUUAUAUGUAUUUAUUGAUAAUUUAUUCAAACACUACACUGGUCCUGUAGGGGGGACUAACGACAUUCACGCUGGUCCUGUAGGGGGCGCAAACAACACUCACGCUGGCUGUAUUUUAAGAUCAUAUAAUGAUAAAUGAACUGUUUUUUAAAUUGUUUUCAUAUUUCUGUGUCUGGGUUCAGUCUUGAUUUAUACCUGGUUCAGUCCUGGUUCAGUCCUGGUUCAGUCCUGGUUCAGUCCUGUUUGUUUCAGAGAUUACCGAAGGCACUUUGUUUUUAUUUCUCCAAAACAAAAUGAUAACAUAUUUGACCCGUUUCCAUGUCGACGCAGCCCUCGUCUUCUUCAUGUACAAGCUACACUCUGUUACUCUCUGUUACUAUGGUUACAGGUUCCCUCACCUGCUUGACUCAUGGAGAUUUCAUUGAUUUGCCAGACGUGUUCCAGAAUAAACAUAUCUGGCAAAUCAAACUAACAUAUCUAGCAUUGUUUUCACUUCCGCGUGCUUUAAUACCUUCAAAAAAUAUUCUAAACUGUGAAUGGGGUCCCCUCUCCAUAGAUCUGACAUGUAAUAUGCUUACCGAUGUCAUGCACUUAUUUCCAUGAUACAUAAGAUCAGUUUAAUGUCAUAGUAUGGAACAUUUCAGGGAUAUGAAUGCAGGACAAGCAUGUGGAGGAGCCUACAUCAGGAAAGUUCCACAGUGCGCCUUUUAAAGUGUUUUUUUUUUUUUUUUUUUUACUUGUUGUAAAACGAACUAGGACUCUGCGUCUUUUCUUGUGUUGGAAGUGUGAACGCUCAUGUCUCAUUUAUUUAAAGAAACAACAGUGUUACUUCGUGAUCCUUGAAUGUUUUAAUAAAUAUUUAAACAUCC